AUGGAAGCCGUCGACGCGACGGAACGCAGCUACAAAGGCUUUGAGGGCCCGCCUCCAUCUCUGCUGACCAUCAUCAUUGACACCAACCCACAUGCCUGGGCCUACCUUUCUUCGACCCUGCCGCUGUCCAAGGCCAUCGCGAACCUGCUCGUCUUCAUAAACGCACACCUUGCCAUCAACUCGGCCAACCAGGUUGCCGUGCUCGCAAGCCACACGCAACACGCAACAUGGCUGUAUCCCACCCCACACCCGCCAAAGGCCGCAGCCCGCAACGCCACGAAUGGAAGCAAUGGAAAGGUCGACGGCGAUGUGGACAUGGCAGACACGCCGAGCAUGGAUGAUGCAAACAAAUACCGCCCCUUUCGCAACGUCGAGACGGAGCUGCUGGCCAAUCUGCGCGCGCUGAUGUCGCAGACCAGCGAGGCCGACCUGAAAGCCAGCACCACGACUCUGGUCGCCGGCGCUCUCACCACAGCGCUUGCCUACAUUGCGAAGGCCAACAUCAAGUCAGCCCCGCACGUGGGCGACGGCAACGCGGCCGACCUCGCCGCAGCUGCCGACGCACCCACCGCUCGCUCCACGCUGACCUCGCGCAUCAUGGUGCUCAGCGUGUCGGGCGACUUGGCCUCGCAGUACAUACCCGUAAUGAACGCCAUCUUCGCUGCCCAGCGCCAGCGCAUCCCCAUAGACAUCCUGAAGCUGGCCGGUGAUACCAUCUUCUUGCAGCAGGCGUGCGAUGCCACUGGCGGCAUCUAUCUGCAGCCUUCAGCCCCCGAGGGGCUGUUGCAGUACCUCAUGAUGGCCUUUCUGCCCGACGAGACGGCGCGGAAGCACCUGGUGUUGCCAAGCGCUGGCGAAGUGGAUUUCCGGGCAGCCUGCUUCUGCCACAGACGGGUCGUCGACGUCGGCUACGUCUGCUCCGUGUGCCUGAGCAUCUUCUGCGAGCCGCCCGCCGAUCAGACGUGCCCCACGUGCACCAACCAGCUAUCCGUUUCGAGCUCCAUCACCCGGGUGCCGGCGCUGAUUCCCCGGAAGAAGAAGAAGAGAAAGAGGGUUGCGGGCGAGGCCACGCCUGGAGGGGCGGCCACGCCGGGCACCCCCGGCGGCGGAGCGACGCCGAUUCCCUCGUAA